UCUGCUCUCGCGUAGCUUUUCCGCGUACUCGGCUCUUUUUUCAUUUAAUCCAGCUCCGUGAGCCAUGUCGGGUCGCGGGAAGCAGGGCGGCAAGGCGCGAGCCAAGGCCAAGUCGCGCUCGUCGCGGGCCGGGCUGCAGUUCCCCGUGGGCCGCGUGCACCGGCUGCUGCGCAAGGGCAACUACGCGGAGCGCGUGGGCGCGGGCGCGCCGGUGUACCUGGCGGCCGUGCUGGAGUACCUGACGGCCGAGAUCCUGGAGCUGGCGGGCAACGCGGCCCGCGACAACAAGAAGACGCGCAUCAUCCCCCGCCACCUGCAGCUCGCCAUCCGCAACGACGAGGAGCUCAACAAGCUGCUGGGCAAGGUGACGAUCGCGCAGGGCGGCGUGCUGCCCAACAUCCAGGCCGUGCUGCUGCCCAAGAAGACCGACAGCCACAAGGCCAAAGCCAAGUAAAUCUCAUCUGACUAACAACCCAAAGGCUCUUUUCAGAGCCACCCACAUCUUCCUAGAAAGAGCAGGAACGCUUGACCCCAGGAAUACACGCUGUGUUGAUAUAUCUAAAAACUUGAAAUCUUAAGAGGCGGUGCCUAUAAUGUUAUGUAUCUCUGGGCUCUGCCUUGGUGUUCUGUAGCUUCCUCCCUUUUUUCUUUAUCCUAGAAGUUACUUAUGUAAGCGUGCGUCAGUUAACCUUUUUGAAAAAAAAAAUCAAUAAAAGGCAGCGGUUGUCACGGAUGAAAUCGGUCACCGCUGCGUGGUUUGA